AUGUAGAGGUCAGCGUCUGAAAAUAAAGAGGCUAAAUGUUAUAUUGAAAAUAUAGUGAAUUCAACUGAGGCAAAUAAUCCCAAAGAUUUACAUUUUGCUGAUCAUUAUACAAAACAUUCUUUAUAAGGGAAGAACACAGUUUAAGCCUAAUGGGCCUUUUUCACAGCAGACAUUAUGCCUAGGAAACUAAUAACAUUAACGAUGGCUCAGUUCUAUUCAAAUGUCCCAUUGAGUUGUGUCCUUGUCAGUUAUUCCACAGAAUAUUAUUGUAUGAUUAUUACUGCAUCUGCAAGAAAUGUCCCAUGUGGAACAAUGGUUAAUAUUAUCUGGUAUGAUGCUCUAGACCUGUUACACGUGAUUCGCUCUUUGUUUCAGACUCCACCUCUUUCACGUGAACGCGCCUUAAACCGAAUUAGAAAAUCCUGGGUUAACAAAGCUCGCUGAUAUCCAGCUUCAUACACCGGUUAUCUUUCCCCCGAUUCCGUCGGUGAGACAGUCAUUUAUAAUAUGACGCGUGCCGUAACUAUCUGUCGCAUCUAUUAAUCUCGGGGUUAUUCCGUCUCACGACCGUGGGUUACGAUUUGAUUACUAAAUCUUGCAUUGAAACAUCUCGGAUAACUGCGCGCGCCCGCUCCGCUAUAAAGGGGAGGUCAAUCGCACACCGAAACCCGGAUCACAAUCCAUGAACACAGACAGAGAUUUCCUGAUGAUGAAAAAACACGAGAGGGCACAUUUUUUCAGCUCUAAAGAGCAGGAACUCAUUUUGAAGUUGUAUGAAGAAGAGAGAGAGAUCUUGACAGCCAAGUCCAACACUACCAGCGCCUCUAAACUGAGAGAGGAAGCCUGGCAGAGAAUUGCUGAUAAAAUAAAUGCGGUAUCGGACAGCGGCUACAAAAGGACGUGGCAGCAAGUGAAAGUCAAGCAUAAAAAUAUAGUGCAAACAGCAAAAAGAAGAAGGGUCGAGGUGAUGAGGAAUGAGGGGGGGUCAGCAACCCCUUCGCUGACCUCUGCAGAGGAGGAUGUGCUGCAGCACAAAGACAACAGGCUGAGAGUGGAGGUCCUCCCCGGGGGUGCCUGUAUUGAGCCCCUGACUGGAUCUGACAGCUCUUUUAUUAGUGUCUCAGGCCAUCCCGUCCUCCUCCUGCCUGUAACAAAGACUGAACCGGAGAGCUUGAGCAGUGACGAGACCGACGUCAGUGACACUCAUUUUGAAGGGGAUGUGCACAGCUUCCAAGAGAGGGCCAACUCAACAUGUGCUACAACCGGUGGCAGAAGUGCAGAGAGGCAGACAGAAGACAUACGAGCCCUUUACUGCUGCUACCUCAAAAAGGAGAUAGAGAACCGUGAGCAGCAGAUGGCAUUCAGAGCACUUAAAAUGAGGAAGUUGGAGAAAGAAAUAUUAUUACUUGAUAAGCAGCUGAUGUGACAAUGUAAAAAAAAAAGCCAACGUUUUUAUGUUACUAUUAUAAUAUGUUAAAACAAUUUCUCAUUGUUGCAGUAUUGCACUGUGCAACUCUACACAUGCAACUGUACACACACUAUAGUGCAAUCCUCAAGUCCCAGAGUUUCCCCUUGGGGAUCAAUAAAGUAUUUCUGAUUCUGAUUCUGAAGACUGAGACAGUAUUGGAGUCUUCCCUUUAGUUGCCCAAAGGUCAUUUGAGUUCCGUCAUUGUCUCGCCAAGAGUUAUCCCAAAGCUGGCUUGAGGCCCAGUGAGGGAUCAGAGUAGGAGGGUCGUGAAGAGGGGCUUGUACUGUAUGUGGAGCCCCCGUGGAGCUGCUGCGUAACCCGUGUGGCCAAGGAGGAUUACAUUAUCACACGAGUUAAUGCCUUUAAUUUGAGGGCACUUAUAUCCACAUCAGAUGAGUGUUGGAACUGUUGCUUUUUUAUACAUAUUCCCACAUUUUUAGGAGACAAUAACUGGACAAGUUAACAAAGAAUGUCAAUAUAUUUCACAUUUGGUUGCAAAUACUUUGCAGUCAUUGACAGGCUUAGGUCUGUGACUGAUGGACAUCAGCAGACACUUAAUACCUGCAGAUGCAUGCACUGCUGCCAUCUUCAUUUCUUGCUUAUUUUAGAGGCUUUUUUCAUGAAGUCUGGUCUUCAGCAAGUGAAACACAUGCUCAGCUGGAUUGAGGUCAGGUAACUUACUUUGCCAGUCAAGACCACUUUUUGAUUGCCUUGUCUGUAUGAUAUGGACACAAUGUGGCCAACCCCACAUCACUUUGCUGAAACAUUUGUAAUAAGAUGUGGAAUCACAGGUAAUGUGAAGCAAAAACACUGAAACUGAUUUCUGCCACCAGCAGCACAGGCUACGUUAUUCUUUGCAUUAAAGAAGGAAUUAUUGCUCUAAGGCUACUUGUACAUUUAUGUCUUCCUAUAAUUAUGUCUCUAUUUAAAUGGCAAGAGAAAAUGUAAUUGGUUUAUAUUAAUUUUUAAUUGUAUUCAUUUUAAUUAUCAAGUUUUUUAUGUUUUCAACUGCCACAUACUCUCUUUCUGUUCCAUUUGUCUGCAAAGGAAGUUGUAAAAAACACUGUUUUAAAUCAUUUUACCGUCAUCAUCUCUUUUGGAUUAAUCAAAACCAGACUUUUGUCAUGUUUGAAAGCAAUUUGGUAUUGCUUCUAUUUGUGCAUUUUUGUCAUUAUUGUUUCUAUUUUUGUAUGGCCCAGACACAGUACUGAAUAGUUUGUGAAAUGUAAAACAAGAUAAUGUAUCUCAAGGCUCAUGGAAACAAUAAAACAUUUUUCAGUUGUUGAAUAUCU